UGUUGAAAACACUUCAAGCCUGCCUUCUUUCUCAGAGAGGAAGUAUGUGGCCUGUUUGACAAGUGCCGUUCUACAUGACGGGGUGAACUUCACAACACGCUCAUUCAACUGGCUGCUUCUCAACCUCAUCGGUUAGAUCCUGCUAGCAGCAUGAACACUGUAGUAUGACUUCUCCUUUUCUAAAACCUACUUCAAACUGGAAUACAAUGCUUUGCAUUUAAAGUUCUGAAGUGCAUUGACAAAAAUAAAGAGAGCAAUGGGAAACACUAUGAAAACAACAAGAGCCCCUGAAGAAACAAGUGUGCCAAACCAAGCCGGUCAGGAGAGCGACUUCCUUGCUGUCCUUUAUGAUUAUCCCUCUCCGGAUAUCGGCGAGCCAAUAUUUCAAGUAGGGGAGAAAUUACGUGUGUUAUCAGAUGAAGGAGGCUGGUGGAGAGUCCAUUCUCUCACAACAGGUCGAGAAAACUAUAUUCCCGGGAAACACGUAGCAAAGGUUUACCACGGCUGGUUAUUUGAAGGGCUUGGAAGAGAGAAAGCAGAGGAACUCCUACAACUUCCCAACACCAAGUUCGGGUCUUUCAUGAUCAGGGAGAGUGAAACUCGGAAAGGAUUAUAUUCCCUGUCAGUCCGACACACGCAAGUGAAACAUUACAGAAUAUUCCGCAUGCCAAACAACUGGUAUUACAUCUCUCCACGGCAAACCUUUCAGUGCCUUGAGGACCUUGUGAAUCACUAUUCAGAGGUGGCUGAUGGGCUUUGCUGCAUCCUUACCACACCCUGCCUCACACAGUGCGCGAACAACAGCAGUGCGAGGACCCAGGCAGACCCGGUGAUUAUGAGAAACAAAAACUUCAGCUGGAGGAACAUGCACAGGCUACAGAUGAAUAAUCAAGAAAGUGAAAGCGCUCUGGAGAUGGACGAUUCCUGCCUCAGCUUCGGCCUCAGGGAAAGCAUUGCCUCUUAUCUGUCCCUAGCAGGAGAAGACAACUCCUCUUUCAGAGACAACAGAAAGAAGAAAACCCAGUCUCUCAUAUACACGGGGAACAAACGCAAAAAUAACUUCCACUUCCCAACUCUGUUUUAUGACGACUGAACCUGAGACUGAAUCAGUCCACAAAAAAAGAACUGAGAUGUUAAACCAGGCUAAGAUGUUUGCACAGCCCAGCUCCCUUCCACAGCUCACAGACGUGAGCAAACUGCCUGGUGAUCAAAGGGGACAUUUCAAGGGAAGCAACGCUAACUUCAUAAUGCUGGGUUUGGUUUUGCACUCUCUGUGUUUUGAAUGUUAACCAGAGACCUUGUACAAGGCACCAGCUCAGCCACUGCAUGUGUACAUACUAAGGGACGCACCUUCAGUUAUAAUCUGCUCACAAAGAAAUUAAAGUGGAGAUAGAGACUCUACAUAAACUUUAAAAAUGACUACGUGAACAGAUGACUCUAAUAAAAGUGAAACCCGUCACUGUACCAGGGUUCAGCACAAGGUUUGGUGCUACUUAAAGACCCAUUUGCAUCCUCCGAGUAGGCCUUGUACUGGCACCAUUCACAGAAGCAAACAGUGCCUAGUGUGGUUACACACCAAAGUGGUUCUUGAUUAUGUAGAUCGGCUGUAUCCAGCCCACCGGCACGAAGCAAGGAUGGGACAUGUGAUUCAGCACCUUUCCUGCCUUUCUGGAAGAUUGAUGGCAAUAAGAAAACUGGAUACAAAGUUACUUCUAUUUCCACUUUCAUGGCAUCAGAAGUCCGGGACUUAAGAAAUUAAAAGCCUGCUGGUGUUUAGCUUCCUCUCAAAAUCUCUUGGUCUCCCUGAUUCUGAACUUCACUAAUGCAAAUUUCUCCUUCUUUGGGGAGAGGGGAGAAUUAGAAACUGUUUUCUGGUAGUUUUUAACCCAGUUGCUGACAAUACCAAAACAUCACAAAGGAAUCACAAUCUUGAGUCUAAAUUUGAGAGUUUCUUCUGAGUGAGUUAAUUGGCUUCAAGGUGGAUCCACAGGUGUAACAGAGUAGAGUUCAGCUGCUCAGGAUAAAUGUACCUACUAGGAAGGUAACAUUUUUUAACUGAAAUAUAAAGUAUGGUCAGAUUAAGGCUUACCUACUGCAGUGGGCAUCAAGUUGUAUAGGUAUUCAGAUCUUAACCUAUUCCCUCGAAAGCUGCAAAUAUUUAUGCAUUGUAUUUAUAGUUUUUUUAGCAUGUAGAUCUAUCUGUUGCAAUAUGUUCAGAGCAGACUUUUCUGACCUUCUUGUCUAAAAUAGAUGCAUAAAAUAGUAAAGAGCUAUGUAAACCCAUCCUAGUAACAUGCAGACUGGGCAAUCUUAUCUUUCACGGAUAAGAGUAUCUCCUAUGUCUUUAAAACAUGCAUUUUUUUAAAAGUUUAUAAAUGAGAUGACAAUUGAGUCCUUCCAGUCUGCUUUGCUACUCCCUUCUGCUCUAAGCAGUCCUUCACAUCCAAAGAUGCAAAAUGAUAUCAAGAAUGAUUCAUUUUGCUUUGGUAGUGUUUUAUAUCUGCUUUGCAUGGAUCUUGGUGACCACCUGAGCUAAAGCAGUAGAGAUCAGCUCCUUUUCAUAUAUCUUCUGUGCAUGCCUCCUAGCACAAAUCUGGCUAUGCCUGUCAUUAGGUCUUGCAGAAUAUCAGCUACACUAGUGCUAAAAGUUCACCGUGACUCAUGCAAACAGUUCAUUGCUUGUUUUAGCACAUUAGGGAACAUUAACAUAUGAAUGUAAUUUACUUACAAACAUUGACCAUCACAGAAGGGAAGGAACUUAGGAACUCUAGUUGUUUGUACAGUUUAAUAUAUUACUACUGUUCAGUGUUAAUGUUAUUAAGGUGUCCAAGUCUUAAUCAAAGAAAUAUAUAUGUAAAGCAUUACAAUUUUCUAAA